UCCAUUGUACAAAUGAGCCAAAUGUGUCGAUUCCACAGUUAGCUAAUCUACUUAUCGAAAGAUCGCAGAACACAAACUGGGUGGUUGUCUUCAAAGCUCUAAUUACUGUUCAUCAUAUGCUUUGUUAUGGCAAUGAACGGUUUACACAGUACUUAGCCUCAAGCAAUAGUACUUUUCAGCUGAGCAACUUUCUAGACAAGAGUGGAGUACAAGGUUAUGACAUGUCACCGUUUAUUAGACGAUAUGCCAAAUACUUGAACGAAAAGGCAUUAUCGUAUAGAACUGUGGCCUUUGACUUCUGCAAAGUUAAAAGGGGGAAGGAAGAUGGAACACUGAGAACAAUGAAUGCCGAGAAACUACUCAAGACACUGCCAGUAUUACAGAGUCAGCUAGAUGCACUCCUAGAAUUUGAUUGCACAGCCAAUGAUCUGACCAAUGGAGUCAUUAAUAUGGCAUUCAUGUUGUUAUUUCGAGAUCUUAUUAGGCUUUUUGCUUGUUACAAUGAUGGUAUCAUCAAUUUGCUAGAGAAAUACUUCGACAUGAACAAGAAGCAGUGUCGAGAUGCUCUUGAUCUGUACAAGAAAUUCCUUAUUCGAAUGGACAGAGUGGCAGAAUUCUUGAAAGUAGCUGAGAAUGUUGGAAUCGAUAAAGGUGAUAUUCCUGACCUCACAAAGGCUCCCAGUAGUCUCCUGGAUGCGCUUGAGCAGCACCUAGCUUCCCUUGAAGGGAAGAAAGGGUCUGCAGCUAACACACCAACUCAGACUGCCAGCAACAGAACCAAUGUAAAGUCCGGAGUGUCCGCCCUAUCUUCCACCAGCACUGCAUUUGGAACAGCAGCGGCCAAUACUCGCCUUGACUCACACACCAAUGGCAUUGAUGAGUCACUGAAACAGCAGGUGCUUGCUGAGGAAGAAGCGGCAAUGAACCAGUAUAAGGCCAAAGUGUCAUCACCUACCAGCAGCAGUGGACCCAAUACCAACCCCUUCUUGAGCUCCCCAACAGUAGCAGCUCCAGCUACCAACACUACACAACCCAUUGUCGAUCUGUUUGGCUCUCUGCCUGCUACAGCUGAUGCACCUCAGUCAACAAAAGCCUCGGACGACUUACUGCAGCUGAGUGCCAACCCAUUUGCUGAUAUGUUCUCAGCUCCAACACAAGCUACUUCUGUCCCAGUAACUGGUGUAUCUGACAUGUGGUUGUCGAAUGGUUUUCGUGGAACACAGCCUGCUACAAAUGCAUUUGUGUCAGAUCAGAGUUUCAGUUCUGUCUUUGGAGGAACUGAAACUGGUUCUGCUGCAUCUGCUGGGAUGGCCGCUCCGAAUCCCUUCAUGUCCGACUUUAGCCCAGCUCCUGGUGGCCAGCAUGUGACCUCCUCCUCUGCAGGUGGGGGUGGGAUGGACCUGUUUGAGGACCAGGGUGCGGGCAACAUUAGCCAAAUCAGUACUAAUGCUGCAGCUGAUCUCUUUGGUGCUGACUUUAGUUCUGUGGGUCAGGCUCAGGGACCAUCAGUUGGCAGUCAAGGGACAGACUUGUUUGGGAAUGUUUCUGGAAGCGAUUUCACUGUGCUUCAGCCCACAGAGGCCACAGACAUGUCUUUAGGGUUUGAAGGUAAUUCAGGAGAGGUACAGGCAGACACAGGUGGUGAGGAAGCAAAGCCUAUGGAUGGUGUGGUUGGCGUCAGUGAAGGGUCAGAAUUAGGGAAACCACAUCAAUCAUUCACUUCAUUUCCUGCUCCUGUGCCCCCUGCUCCUGCUCCUUCUCCUGUUGUGCCAUCUGGUGCUAGCAAAGUGACAUCACCGCCUCCACCACGCCCACCACCACCCACUACAGGAGGAACUCCUCGUACCAUGUCUCCUGGUCCUCUGAGUGGGUCCCCAAGUCGUCUCCCACCAGCUUCAGCCACAUCCAAGAGUGCAUUUGAUGACUUGAAUGAUAGCAUCCGAGCUGCAUUGGGUGGCUCGCCAACUAGGCCCCCUCCACCUGCUGGUGCUACCACUCAAGUACCAGGACAAGGUGUGGUUCCAGCUCAAACAUUUAUUGGUGGAGCUGGUAUUGCAGGGUUUGGGGGGUUUGAUAUGCCCCUUCAGGGUCAACCGGGUGGAGCGGUAAUCCCACCACAGCAGCAGACUAUGAUACCAGGGGGAGGAGGGAUGGUGUUUGGUCCGCCUGGUGGCGCUCCUAUUGGCUAUGGUUCUCCAGCAAAGCAAGGAAUAAGCAUGACAGCACCUGGAGGUGGAGGAACCGCAGGUGCUGCACAGCCCAGUGACCCAGCAAGUGGGAAAGUGUUGACUGGUGAUCUUGACAGCAGUCUUGCUUCCCUUGCACAGAAUCUCUCCAUUAACAAAGGUGGUCAGGCAUCAGUGAAAGGAGUCCAGUGGAAUUCACCAAAGAAUGUGGCAAAACCUGGUGGUAUAGGCUGGAGCCCACAACCAAUGGCUGCCACAACAGGUGCAGGUUACAGACCUAUGGGCCAUGGAAUGACCACUAUGAAUGUCCCUGUUCAGUUCCCAUCAUUGCAGCCUUUGGGGAUGCAAGGCAUGCGGCCAGUGGUGGCAGCACCCAUGAUGGGAGGGGCAGGGAUAAUAGGUGGUGGUGGCGGAAUGAUGGGAAGCCCCAGAAUAGGGGGAACACCUGGUGUGAUGGGGCAGCAACCCCUAGCAACACAGCCUCCAACGCAACCACAGCAAGGGGCACAAACACUUCCAUUGGAUCCAUUUGGAGCACUGUGAACCUCAUCUCAGGGAGGGAUCUAGGACUUAAAAUGGAAUUGAGGCCACCAUUUGUAAAUACUGAAAAAAUGCCUCCAAUGUUUACAUAAUGAUAUUAAAAUAUUCUACAGAGUAGUCAGACAGUGGAAAGUGACUAGCAGUGUGUUUCCAUGAGUAAAAGAGUUUACCCUUCCUUGUAACAUACAGAGUUCCACCUUGAAAAGAAAAAAGUCCAAGGCUGUGUCAUGUAAUAUUUUUGUCUCAUGGCUGUAGUGCUUACUGAUGAAAGUGUUGUUGGCAGGUUUAUAGGGAAAUAUCUGAAUUAAGCAUGUUCUGGAGGAUAGGUCAUACUUUUGUGUUCAGUCCCUUGAGUCAGAAUGUUUGGUUAUAUGAGUAGUCUUUCUUGUUCUAGCAGAGGAUGUGCUGUAGAUAUCAUUCAGCAAAGUCCAUCCAGCCAUGUUCUGCUAUAGACCUUUUGAUUUGCCAUUUAAUUUGAAUAUACAGCAUUGAAGUGGUAUAUUAUUUUCAUUCUGUUGUUUUGCUUGUAAUCAUGAGGAAAGAUACAUUUUUUCUGUAAGUUUAACAGUAUUGACUUUAUACCCUUAAAACUGCAGUUUUGAUUGUUACAUUACAGGGUUUAUUUUGUUUUUGCUGUCUGUAAAUUUAUGAAGACAAAGUGUUAUGUUAGAAAGUAAAAAAUAAAAUCAUUGUUGCACAAAAUAUAUUAUGUCCUCACGGAAAAUAUUUUAUGGCUCUCUCUGUCUAAACUAUAACAAAACCAGUACAGUGAUCAGCUGCAUGUGAUAGAUGGUGGCAGAGCAUUGGUCCAGAAAGUGUUGAUAAGGGUGGAGAAAAACAUUUAAAUAAGCAAAAUAUGUGUUCUGUUCAAUUGAUGUUUCUCCAUCAGUCUUCAGCUGCAGUAGUGACUCAUUGGUGAUAUUAUCUUGUGUUGUUGUAGUAGUAUGUGAUUCCAUAUUCACUUUGCUAGAUAAGUCUGGUGCUGUGCAAACUUGAAUUACCAUGUAAUAUAAAGUGCAAGGAUUUGUACUGCAAUAUCAAUGUCAAAUAUAGCUGCUAUAGCAAGAGCCAUCCUGUAAGGGAAAAUGUAAUAAAUGAUCUGUUUUAACUGUGGAAGGGUACUGCUGCUUUGACAGAGAGGUGGUAACUGAUGCUUGUUGCAUUUGAAUUAGUGAUAUUAUUAAGUCUGUGUGAUUUCAUCUGGAAAAUCAAAUUUAUGGAAAAUAAGUUGGCCAAAUAUUUAACUGUAUAAAUUAUAUAUAGAAAUAUUAUUCUUGACAGCAAUACACACAGAAUUUUCAUUUUACUUAGAAGUGAAUGCCUGUUAGUCUUCGUUUAUAUUUGUUGUGUGAAAGGGUUUGGCUCAGUCAGAAUAUCAGCAAGUCUUACAAUUGCAUUUAUUUGUAUUAUCAUCUAUUGAGUAACUGUUCUAUACAUGUUACCCCCCUAAUGUCUUAUGUUGAUCUUCUUUGAGUGGAAGAGAAUAGGCUAUUUAAUUUGAUGCCUGUGCCUUCUGCGAUGCCUGUACUCCCUUCAUAGUAGGAAACAAGGGAUAAGAAUUACUAAUAAAAUACGUGGAUAUGGGUUGUAAUUUAUGGUAGGACUGGCGGAGUGACGCAUUUAUCAAUCUGUCACAGGCAGACAUUGUAUUAUAAAUGUGAUCUAUAUAUAUAUAUGUUGAACAGAUUCAUAAAGUGGUAUGUAUAAAAAGUAACAUGUUAAAUGUUAAUUGUAACAAGACAAUAGUACUAUUAUGGUAUAAAUGUUACAAAUUCUAUGCUGUAGUGAAAUGUCACAUUUUAGCUUUGGUGAGAAUGUUGUGUUGUAGAUUGAGACAGUAACUGCUUGCACUGUAUCAUAAUGUUUCUGCACUUCAUGUUUAAAUAUGUAUUGACCAAUUGAAAGAUCUUAACAAGAACUGAAGAGAAAGUAUUUGGUGAUAACUACAUGCAGGUUUAAUAUUAUUGAUGUCUGGUGAGUUACUGUAUUAAUAAUGAAAGUUUAAAUAAUUCUGUUAUAGUUUUCCUGUACUCUAGUUGUUGACAUUCCAUUGUGGACUUUACAAGGAGACAUAGGUGAUUUGCUUUAACUCCUAAGUUAUUGUAAAUCGUUAAAAUAUAAUUAUGUCAGUGUUACAUAGUUUCAUUAUAACCAAAAGAGUAUUUAUACCAUAUUUCAAAAAUAUUUGAAGAAGUUUGUAAUUUAAAAUGUUGUUUUUGUUUAGUAAAUGCAGUUUUUUGGUAUCAUAUUUAUGAAUUGUCACCAUGUUGGAUAAUAAUUUGAAUUAACAAAUAUGCAUAUUGUCAGAGCCAAGGUGCUAGUUUACUUCUGCCUUGUGUGCUUUCAUAAUUGACUACAGAUUGUAUCUUUUGUUUGUACAUAUACUAGUUUUGUCAUCUUCAUACAUCUCAUUUAUGGAAAGAGAGAGAGCUGUGGGUUUGGACAGGAGUUGUUGUACACCUUAAGUUGUGUAUUUUUUGUGUUUCUUGCACAUGGAAUUCUAACAACCUCAUUCCCUAUAAGAAUGAAUUAAUAUCCCUGUUGGAUAACUGAUGUUAACUGAAAGGAAGGAUGAGAAGUUUCCAGGCCCAUAAUACAAGUAUACAGCAGGUUUAAAAUUGUUUAAUUUAUGAGGAAGAUUGAUGGUUAUGAUUUGCCAAUUGCCUAACUGCAGGUAUUCCACCUAUCAAAUAUAAGGGGGCUACAUAACAUUGUUUUUAUCAUGAACUCAGUUCAGAUACAAAGAUCUGGGGAAGUUUGGUCUGCAUAUUGAAAGUUCCGUGAUGGAAUGUUUGGAUCUGUAGUAAGAACUGUAUUACUCAAAUGCUUGUGUUUAUGCCAUCAAAGAAACACAUCUGAAGCAAACUGAAGUGCAAUAAUUGGAGCCACCUCACCUGUCCAGUUGAUGCAGACACUACUUUGACAUCAAUCAUCAAUCUAGAUUACCUGCACUGUUCUGGAAGCAAAUUAAAUGUUAAAAGAAUUCAUAUAUGGGUAUGUUGAGUGUUUCCAUUGUCAUGUAUUUAUUACCAUUUAUUUUCCCUGCACAAAUAUGAAGUAUAUUAGUAAAUAUAUUUUUAUUUUAUUUUUCAUUUGUUAAUAUUUGAGAACACAAAUAGAUAUGUACCUGCAGCACAUGCAGAAUAGAAAACAAAAAGCUUUGAAAGUAUAUAAAGAUUAAUUUAUGCAACUGUUAAUGUGAAUUUUAAAAUUGACAUGUCUCCAUGUAGAUUGUUUGCACUCUUCAUAUUUUGACAAUACAUACUUUACCAAAGCACAGUUUUGCAGUCCUGAAGCUGUGAUGACUCAAAGUUCUUCAGUAGGUAUUCUUGGUGUUUUUUAAUAUAUUAUUUAAUUUAUUAAUAAUAGUGGUGGUGUAAUGGAAUAUGCGUGACAUUGUUUUUUAACAUGCUAAUUUAAGAUGAAUGGUAUUUAAAUAUUUACAUAAGAAGAUAAAAUUAUUUUCUAUUUGUAUUAAGUCUGGUGUUGGCAGUACCCUCAUAACAAAAUUAUGCAACAUAAUCAAUUAAUGUUGUUGAAAUGGCAUGUUUCAUUGCUGAGAUGCACUUCAUAUAUCUUGGUACCAUGGUGCUGAUCUAUCUGCACCAGCCAGCCAGUUCACAGCAGUACAUGCUGAAAUAUAUGUCUGAACUUCCUGUCUAGCAGAUUUUGUUCAAAAUUUCAAUGCUUAUCUUGUAACAAAUCUACUAGUG